AUGGAUACUCUGAAAUCCUACCUGAAGCGUGUUCAAGUUAACCCGACCAACUGGGAUGACCUGUCCCAAAACCGACCUAAAUGGAGGAGGACAUUUAAGACAGGUGCUGCGGUCUUUGAAGCCAACCGCAUCGCUGCCGCCGAAAUGAAACGUAAAGCACGCAAAUCAAAUCUGCGCAGACGCACAACCGCCUCCAACGUGUCAUCGAUGUCAACGGACAAUCCGCGCACGAAUUUUACUUAUUGUACACCUCCGGAUGAACUGCACCUCUCGGACCGCACCAAGCAUCCUUCAACCCCCCCCCCUCUUCCUCGUCCUCUCCGCGUCCACCUAACUCUGACAGCUCUUCUGAACCGUCACUUUCAUCCUCCUAAUCCUCGUCCUACUUCUCCUCCUUCUUCUUCUGUUCCCAUCUUCUUCUUCCUCCUCCUCCUCAUCCUUCUCCUCCUCAUCCUCCUCCUCUUCCACUGCCCCAUGGACGACUGCUCAGCCGGUCGUCAGGCACAUAUACAACCCUGA